GUCGUACCUGUCCUACUCGAUCAGGUGUAACAUUGUGCGGUAGCAACUAACCGGACGCGGUAGUACUCGACGCACUUUUUACUUUAACAUCAUAAAUAGUUGAAAGAUUUUUAUCUAUUUAACCGUGUCAUAAAAAAGUGGUACCCAUAGUUAAGUGACUUGUUUUUUUUUUUGGAUAUUGAUUAGAUUUAAAAUCUGCAAAAUCCAUUUUAAUAAAAACUCAAAAAAGGAAGAAGAAAAUGUUUGUGAUUGAUACAGUGUAAAAAAAAAAACAAUAGUGAAAAGUGUCAUCAUACCGCACCGAUUUUCUUAUUUUAUUUUCUUUCUAAUACAUUUCCGGCUUCAAAAUGAAGGGCAGGGAAAAAUUGUGCGUUAAAUUGUCCAGUACUUUCUUGAGAAAGUGGUGGUUCGUCGUGGCUGUGUCCUUAGGAAUUAUCUUCUUCGGAAUUAUCGUCGAAAUAUUCUUUAUGAGCUGGGUGAAUUUAGUCGUAAAUCACGAAGUCACCCUUAGGGAAGGUUCUCAGACGACACAAUGGUGGGCAACACCACCGGUGGUACCAAUGAUAAAAGUUUACGUUUAUAACGUAACCAACGCUGACGAGUUUCUGAAUAAUGGAAGCAAACCUAUUAUUGACGAAUUGGGACCUUAUGUUUAUGUUGAAAAAUGGGAAAAGAAAAAUAUCACUUUCCACGAUAACGGUACAGUCACGUUCCAUCAGGAGAAAAUCUAUCAUUUCGACGAAUCGCUGUCAGCUGGAUCCGAAGAUGACAAUGUUGUUGUACCCAAUAUUCCUAUGCUGAGUGCGACGUCGCAAUCUAAACACGCAGCAAGAUUUCUACGGCUUGCCAUGGCCAGUAUAAUGGACAUAUUGAAAAUCAAGCCCUUUGUUGAAGUCUCCGUGGGACAACUCCUGUGGGGCUACGAAGAUCCUUUAUUGAAGCUGGCCAAAGACGUUGUUCCCAAGGAACAGAAAUUACCUUACGAAGAAUUUGGACUUAUGUAUAAUAAAAAUGGAACUUCCAAAGACAGCGUAACAAUGUUCACUGGCGCAAACGACAUCACUAAAUACGGUUUAAUAGACCGGUUCAACGGAAUGCCCAAAUUACCUCACUACACCGAAGACAGGUGUAACGAUAUAAUGGCUUCGGACGGUUCCAUUUUCCCUCCCCAUUUGACGAAGAACAGUACGAUUUACAUUUUCGAUAAAGAUCUUUGCAGGAAGCUGCCUUUGGUAUUCGAAAAAGAAGUGGUAGGAGCCCAGGAAAUUCCCGCCUACAGAUUCACGCCGCCGAAAAACGUGUUUGCCAGCGUCGAAGAAAAUCCUGAUAAUAUGUGUUUCUGUCCGCAAGGGCCACCAUGCGCUCCGUCUGGAUUUUUUAACGUUUCUUUGUGUCAAUAUGAUUCUCCAAUCUUACUCUCAUUCCCUCAUUUCUACUUGGCCAACGAUAGUUACAGAACAGCCGUAGAAGGUAUUUCACCACCCGAUCCAGAAAAACACAAAUUUUUCAUUGACGUACAACCUUUGAUGGGUACUGCCAUGAGAGCCAAAGCUAGGAUCCAAAUUAAUUUGGCUGUAUCUCAAGUCAUUGAUAUCAAACAGGUUGCGACGUUCCCAGACAUCGUUUUUCCAAUAAUGUGGUUUGAAGAGGGUCUCGAUACUCUUCCAGAAGAAAUGACAGGUCUAAUGAAACUAGCGACAACAGUGCCACCCAUAGCACAAGCGGCUCUAUGCGGUGUCCUUUUCGUAGUAGGAAUUUUGCUAUUGAUCGUAGCAAUAUGGAGGCUGGUUCGUGGCGCGAAUCGGUUGAAUUCUUUGCAGCUCGCUCCUGGUCAUGUGGGCUCACCAUCGAACAAGAGCAAUAAAGACGUACAAAUGGCCAACGUACCUAAAUAUUGAGACUAUACACUUUUUUUUGUUUUUUUUUUUUUUAUUUAUUAAUUGUUUAAAUGAAACAGUUUUCGGAAAUAUUUUAUUUUGCUUUUGCUCAAUAAUAAUUUUUAAUUAAAAAAAAAUGUCCAUAGAAAAAUAUCGAUUCUGUGAUAGAUCUAAAUGAAAAUAACAGUUUUUUUUUUUUGGAAAUUUUUGUAAAUAUGCUACCUGUUUUUGGGUACCUCUACUUAAGACGAAUUUUUGUCUCUCUGAGUAAAUUACCAAUAAUAUAAUGUAAACUUACUCAUUCUAGCAUAAGUAAGAUAAUACACAAGUGAAAAAGUAAAUUAAAAAUCUGAAUACAAUAAUUGAAAUCUACUUAUUCAUCUAGCUGAGUAGGUCUAUACCAAUAUUAAAUAAUUACUCCAGAGACAAAAUAAUAUGCAAUGACAUUUUCUUACAACGAAUAUUAAUAAUAGGAUCAAAAAUAUAAUUGUAUUUCAAGGGAUUAUAUUUCUUAAUACAAGAAAUAACUAUUUUAUUAGGUGUAGGAAAAAAUUAUUUGGUAAAUGUAAAUAAAAAAACAGUGUGAUUAGUUUUUUUUUUAACUCAAAUUAUCUUUGUUUCUCAUUUUAUUUCAUUUUUUUUGGCACUACUUUACUUAUAUUUGAAAGUCUUAUUUUAUAGACAAUUCUUUCACUAACUUUUUCCGUCCGCUUUGUGUGAAUAUUUCUUAGAAUAAUUUUAUAUUUUAGGUGUUAUAUAUGUAUUAGUUUUUUUUUUAAUGGUUUCUUUGUAUGAUAUUUGACAAAAAUAAAAUAUUUUUUAAUUUCAUGUG